AUGAUCAUCGGAGGGUAUUUGUCGGUGCGGCGCUUGACCUGGACCUGGCAUGAUAGGUUGGAUUCCUUGGCCUUGCGAACAUUGCAUUGUGCUAAGAACUCCAUGGACGAGGCAAUGCGUGGGAUGCCUAUCAUUCUUGUGCCGUUUUCAUCGCACACACCACCACCACUGCGUGCACUCGCCGACAGGCCAGGUCUGGCCCAAAGCCACCUAGGCAGUGGCCUUGGGCCUCUGGUUCAAAGAAGUAUAAAGGAUCAGUCUAUUCUUGUAGCAACUUAUGAAGGAGAGCACAACCAUCCUCCCCCCUUGAAACCCAAGCAAGCUUCUAGCUCCAGCCGGGUGGUAACACUUAGCACGGUCCCUUGCUCGAUGACCUCUCUAAACUCGUCUGCGCAGACCAUUACACUUGAUCUUACAAAACCAAAGCCAGCUACUGAUUCAAUCCGAAAAAUGGGUACACAAUUCCAACAGUAUCUGGUGGAACAAAUGGCUUCCACCUUAACACAAGAUCUCAAUUUCAAAUCAGCACUUGCAGCUGCCAUUUCAGGACAGGUUCAAAGAAGUAUAAAGGAUCAGUCUAUUCUUGUAGCAACUUAUGAAGGAGAGCACAACCAUCCUCCCCCCUUGAAACCCGAGCAAGCUUCUAGCUCCAGCCGGGUGGUAACACUUAGCACGGUCCCUUGCUCGAUGACCUCUCUAAACUCGUCUGCGCAGACCAUUACACUUGAUCUUACAAAACCAAAGCCAGCUACUGAUUCAAUCCGAAAAAUGGGUACACAAUUCCAACAGUAUCUGGUGGAACAAAUGGCUUCCACCUUAACACAAGAUCUCAAUUUCAAAUCAGCACUUGCAGCUGCCAUUUCAGGACAGGUUCUUCAACAAAAUAGCCAGGCAGAAAAUUUGUAG